ACCUGGACUAGCAAGCGCCAUCGUUCGUCGCGAACGCGCUCUAGCGCGUCGGCAGUCGUAUCCAAGAUGGCUUCAGGCAGCGUCAACCCAGAGCUUGUGCGCGAACGAGCGGCGGCCACUUUUAAUAUUCGCGAAUUGACACACCUCCUUGACGGCGGCAGUGAAAAGACUGAACGCAGAAAGGAAUUAGAGAAACUAUUUCACGAGGACCCAGAGUUCAGAAGCAAUGUACCACAGUGCUACCUUACCUACUCAGAGGCAUAUGCAGAUGCACUGCAAAAAUGUCUCAAGAUUUACCAAAAGGCUAUGGUACUAUCCGAUCCAAGGGAAAUCUUGACUGUUGCUGAUGCAAUCCUGCAUGACUCGACUCCUGUGCAUGUACAUUUUGUCAUGUUUGUUCCGGCUCUUAUGGGUCAUGCGAACGAGGAACAGCAAGCUAAAUGGCUUUCUGAUGCCCUUACCAUGAAAAUCGUCGGUUCCUACGCCCAGACCGAACUUGGUCAUGGAACAUUCAUUCGUGGUCUCGAAACACAAGCCACCUACGACCCCGAACGUGAGGAGUUUGUCCUGCACACACCGAACCUGUCUUCAAUAAAAUGGUGGCCGGGAAGCUUGGGAAAGACUGCGAACCACGCGAUAGUGCUUGCCCAGCUGCACACCAAGGGAAAGUGCCACGGCAUUCACCCAUUCAUGGUGCAGAUCCGAAGCAUGGAGGACCAUACUCCCCUUCCGGGUAUCACGGUGGGCGAAAUCGGGCCGAAGAUGGGAAUGAGGGCUGCUGACAACGGCUUUCUGAAGUUGGACCAUGUCCGCAUUCCCAGGGAAAACAUGCUUAUGAAGAAUGCCCAGGUAACAAAAGAAGGCGACUACAUCAAACCAGCAAGCGACAAGCUCAAUUAUGGCACCAUGGUGUUUGUGCGAGUGCUUCUAUUGGACAUGUUUGCUUUCAACAUUGCCCGGGCAUGUACGAUUGCCAUACGAUACAGCGCGGUGCGCAGGCAGUCUGAGAUUACACCAGGGCAGGGUGAGUGCCAGAUCCUGGACUAUCAGGCACAGCAGUACAAGCUGUUCCCUUUGUUGGGCUUGUGCCACGCCCUGCGUGGCAUGUUUGCCAACCUCAUGGAGCUUUACAAGCAGGCCAACCAAGACCUUGAGCAGGGAAACCUGCAGGCACUGCCUGAGCUGCAUGCCAUCUCAUCGGGCCUGAAGGCGUUCUGCUCUGAUAUGUCAGCUAAGGGCAUCGAGACUUGCCGCCUGGCCUGUGGUGGACAUGGUUUCCUCCUGAUCAGUGGCCUCCCUAGACUUUACGCUACCACAGUGGCCGCCUGCACGUACGAAGGAGAGAACACGGUCAUGUUCCUCCAGCUUGCGAGGUACCUGCUGAAGUGCUUGGCCCAGCCACAUCUGGUUUCAAACAAAUCUGCCUUCCGCUUUCUGCUCGAACAAAGUACUCUGAAUGUGACUCCGUUUAAUGCCAAGCUGAAAGGACAGGCGGCUAUCCGACAGCUCAUACCGUUCUACCGGGCAGCUGCGUAUAAGCACGUUCACAGAGCUCACAACAAAGUUAGGAGCCUGGUGAGCACGGGUGUGACCCAGGAGGUGGCGUGGAACCAGAGUCAGGUCGACCUAAUCAUUGCAUCCAGGGCCACCAUAUACUACUACAUGGGCCUGAACUACCUCGAUUGGCUGGAACAUGCCGCCAUAUCUGAACAGCUCAGGGAAGUCCUGAUGAGGGUGUGCCAUCUGUACCUGCUGCAUGGCAUCUAUGAGCAGCCAGGCCUAUUCCUUGUGGCGGGCCUGCGCGAUGAGAACCUCGAGGAAAUAUCUGGCAUCAUCACGGAGCUGCUCAAGAGCCUGCGGCCUGACGCUGUGGCCCUGGUGGACGCCUUUGACCAUCACGACAUGGUGCUCUGCAGUGCUCUCGGCUCCUACGAUGGCCGAGUGUACGAGCGCAUGUUCGAGAGUGCCCUCAAAGCUCCCCUCAACAAGACCCAGGUGCACGAAUCUUACCACCGAUUCCUGGGCCCUCUAAUGAAAUCAAGCCUUUAAAGGGGACUGUUCACGUUGCAAGAUACUUUUCUCUUCCAUUCCCAUUUCUCUUGUACAUUACGUGCAGCUCGUUCUUAGUUUUAGCCUCUAUGUCAUGCGUUGUGUGACAACAACUUGGAUUGGUUGCUGUACGCUUUUAGCGAUUUAUUCUAUUUUUUAAUGCAAAGCACAUACUUAUACUCAGUUACUGGCAAUGGAGCAUUGCAUUUCAUCGACGUGCAUUGAAAAUGUGCUGCUGACUGAAAUUAUUCAUCAUUUUCAAUCCACAGUACUUGCGGGAAAGUUAAACUUCCUUGCAGUCGGAGCAAGUGUGACUGAAGUAAUCUGCAUUUUUGUGUCGACAGAGCAGCUUUCAUUUCUCACACAUUGCAUAAGUGUUUGCAGCGGCUGGAUGUGUAUGCAUACAAGGUGUCACAUUGGAUUUCAACUGAUUAAAAGAGUAAUAACGGUAGUAUAGAAAUUGAAAGACAAUCAUGUAUAUUAUGUUAAAUUGAUUGAAUAACAUUUCCUUAGCUUGAGAUGCAUGCGCAGCUGUGUCACAUCAUGACUUCAAUAAGCUGGGCAAAGCUUUACACAAGAAUUUGACAUCAUGCUGGCAAAGCCUACAAUGUGUACAUGUACCAUUUCAAUGUUUAAAGUAUACCAGAAGUGUAAAGUUUUUUGUGCUACGCUGUGCAUGUUCCACUGCUUGUAUUCAGUUUUUUUUGUAAAGUGUAGAAAUAACCAGCAUUUUUGUGCCUGGGUACCAUUCAGGCGGGCAAACUAAUUGAGAACCGUGGUUGCAAAUGAAGCUCACUCUCAACAGGAAACCUAGAAAACUGUGAUGUCAACAGCUGCUUAAAGUAACGUGCUGCUGUAAAACCUAGCAGUUGCCAGCAGUUGGUUGGUCAGAAUGAAAUAUUGCUCAAGCAUUAUCAAGAAUGUUUGGCCUUCAUAUGGGAAUCUGCUGGCCAUGUCAUAAAUGGAUCUUUGAAGAUGAUGACAUUGUCUUAUGCAAUCGGGACAGUAACCACUGCACCUUGUAUGCACACACAUUCACAAUUUUGCCGCCAAGGAUUGUGAUAAGCACUUUUGACUGUUUGAGGUUUCUACUCCAGAGCUUUGUUCACACGCAUUUUUAUUUCCUGGCCACUUUUACUGCUGUGCUACAAACUUAGGAAAACAUUUUUUUAAUGGAACAAGAUACUACUACUACUGCAAUAAGAAUAAGCUAGCAACAGAACAAAAUGUUAUGCAAUCAUCGAUGAGUGAAACGCGAUAUUGCCAUAUUGUGGCCUUGGGUACAUGCUGCAGUGGAGUAGAAAGUGUUUUUCACCCGUGCAUAGACCUAAUGUGGAUGGUUUAGAAACAGCUCCAGAAGACUGUUGGUGCUUUGUGAUUACAGAAGGUUCACACAGGGGGCCACAUUUUCUACCCGGAAGCCCUUCGACGCUAAACUCUGUAGUCGGAUGUCUAUGACCCAUAAAUGCACUUUUUCAGCAUCCGUUGAUGCGCUAUAAAUCGAAAUUGUCACACUUCGAAAGUGAAACAUUAGUACCAAUUAGGAGUCUAGAAAAUGUAAAUGCCUCAUGUGGCAACCCUAUAAUGAAGUCUAAUUCAAUUUCACUAAAUAGCACACAGCGAAGCAUAUCAGGUUAAAUUUACAUUAUCAAACACAUUUUAUUCAUACCUUACAACUUAAUUGAUAUGUGGGGUUUACAUCCCAAAACCACCAUAUGAUUAUGAGAGACGCCGAAGUAGAGGGCUCCAAAAAUUUUUACCACCUGGGGUUCUUUAAAGUGCACCCAAAUCUGAUCAUACCUCACAAAACAGUAGUAGUCUACCAUGACGCAAUAUGUGCAACCAUUGUCAACUUUGUCAUUUAGUUUUCAUGUGAUUGAUAACACAUCUGUUUGUGCUGUAGUGUUUACUGGUGUGCUUCAGCUUACUAAAGUUCAUUUCUGUAUGGAAAAAAAGGUGAGGCUUCAGAAUGAAAGAACAAAAAAGGUGAGGCUUCAGGUCUCCACAAUUUCACUUCGCCUUGUUUAAUCUAGCUUCAUUCUAAUUGGCUAGUAGGUGCCUAAAAAGUGCAUUUCAAGGGUCUAGAUAAUUGAAUAGGAGAAGCGAGAGCUGGAGCUUGUGUUUCGGCAAGGUUUGUGCAGAAAGCAGUAGGAGCAAGUGUGUGUGUGUGUGUGUGAGAAGUCUACAUUCUGAUACGUACUUCUGCAGUGAAGUUCGCGCACUGACACAGCUUAUUCACUACAGAGGCUACACCCUUCACAAUAAAAUUUUGCCCAAACGGAACUGUCGUUCAAGCUACAGUGCACUCUCGGUAAAUGGAAAUCUGUUAAACGGAACUGCUGCUCAAACGGAACAGCUUCCUCUAGCGCAAUUGGUUUCGUACCUGAAUUCUGCACCACUGCUCAUCUCUCAGUAAACGGAGCUCCUGUUAAAUGAAACACAUUUUCUUGGUCCCUUCAGGUUCCGUUCAACGAGAGUCUACUGUAGCUGCCACCCGUGCAGCGACAGCUUUUAUACAAAGCUAUGCUUUUUUUAAAUGUAACAUUCCAAGAGCUUCUUGUAAGAUGUUUUUAUAAUACGUGCAAUUUUUUAAGGUUUGUGAUGCUGUAUUAUGAAUUCAAAAUAAAAUGGGUAUUUUACACACCACAUCCUA